AUGGAAUCAAACUCAACAGCACAUGUUUUAAUUAAUUAUUAUGGAUAUAAUCCAAGUAUAGCUUUGGCUGCAAUUGCCAUUGCUAUUUAUUUUGUAUUAUCAGUUUUAAUUAUAGUACAAUGUUUAUAUUAUAAACAAUUUUAUUUUAUGGAAAUUGUAAUGGCAGGAAUAUUGGAAUGUGCAGGAUAUGGAGUUAGAAUAGCAUCAGCUAAACAAACAGAUAACCUAUCACUUUUCAUGGCAGCAAGAAUAAUUAUUUUGAUUCCUAUUACUUUAUUACAUCUUGGUUGGUUCUCUAUUUUAACAAAAGUGAUGGAAAGAAUUAAAAUGAAUUUUAGAAUAAGAACAAUGCAUAUUCGACUUGCUCUGAUUGUAACUUCCGUUUUACAGGUAGUUGGCUCAAUCCGACUGGGAAAUGAUCCAACCUCACACUCUGCCAAAAAUCUAAUUGUUAUUGGUUUAGCAUUAUCAUUGGUUGUUUAUGUAAUAUCUUUGCUUUAUAGUAUGUUUGUCUAUAAAAACUAUAUGGGAUACAGAACCAACUGCACAAACGACGAUUUGUCAUGGAGAUAUAUUUUCAUUGGAUUGUUCGUAUCAGUUAUACUCCUUACUAUUAGAAGUGUAUAUCGUAUCGUCGCAUUCGAGAGAUCAGUUACAAAUGAAGCUGUUUUCUAUUGUUUGGAAACAUUGUUGGCAUUGUUAAUUCUAUUGACCUGGGCAAUUUUCCAUCCAGGUAGAUAUAACCCAAUCACUUACGAACAUGGAAAUACACCAAAAGAUAAUGAUGUUGAAAUGAAAUAA